ACUGCACAUCUUUCCAGAACGAUCUUGAUCCUAAGCCCUGAAGAAGCCACCAUCAUCUCUUUCUCUAUAUCGUCAAAACAGCGGCCGCAGGGCGCUCCGAGGCUCCAUCAGUCUCGAGAUUUACCUAUUCGGUGGUCCCAACCGUGUCUUCCGCUCAGCCCUGUCAAGAAGCCGCAUAUCCCGGGCUAUUGAGAGUAAGGAGGGGAGCGGCCUUGUCAUCCUCAGUCCUUCAGGCCGGACCUGAGGAUGAUAGCGGAGAUGUCAUGUGUUGGAACCGUCGCCAGAGAUCGCAAAGGAAUAGGUACCGAAAGCGCCAACCUCAAUGAUAAUCGCCCAGUGAUACGCCUGCCCGCCUUCGUUGCUCUGGUACGCGGCGGAUACUUCAAGAAUCCGUCAAACCUCGUUGAGCUCGAAUAGAUACUUCACCAAUAUGCUACCGUCAACAGCCCUCGAAUUACGUCCUACGGGGUUCCCAUUCUCUCAAAUGCAGUCGCAUCCUAGCAACUACUACCUGGGCUCUCAAGCCACCUCUCCAGAUACCGGCAUGCUCAUGCAGCCGGACACCACGUCUCAAUGGAUCCGAGCGUCAUUACAAGCCCAGCAGCAACAGCAUGUGCAACCGUCUCUUCAGGCCGACUUCUCAAGCAAUCUGCGACCCGUCGGCAUUUUUAAUGGCGGGUCAGAGAACCAAUUCGGCGCCGAGCAUAUGCUUCGAAGGAAGACACCAAAUGGAACGCUGUCAGCAGCGUAUGAUGGCACUCCUAUUGAUUGGGCAUCCCAAGCUCACCCCCAAAAGCACCUUCUUGCCUCUGUCACGAAUGACGGCAAAGGAGGUGCCAUUCAAGAUUCGGGGUUGAGAGCACCGUAUGGCUCCAUAGCGCAACCUCGCACCUCUCAUAUUCAGGACCGAAAUUUUGGCAUAUCUCAUGAUGCUUUUUCAAAACAAUUCAAAUUUUAUCCGUCGCAAUAUUCCACCAAUAUAGAUUCGAUGCUUAAUCAGGCCCCUGGGCAGUCAUUGCAAUUAUACAAGCCUCCUUCGGCGCACCAAACAGCAACUGGGUUUCAAAUGCCUUACCAACCGGGUCUAGGUCCAACCGCAUCCAAUAUAACCGGGCCCUAUGGCCCAUAUUGGCCCGAUGGCACGUUUGUUCCUUAUCGGCCGGCGGCAUUUCGAGACCCCAGAUAUCCUCCUCGCGUUCCAGAUAUCAACCUUCUUUCGAGUCCCCCGGUGUAUCCCGGACAGCGUCACAGCCUUCAGGAUGGUCUCGACUAUGGCGCUUUAUCUUAUCCCGAACACUGCAGUAAAUAUAGAGCUACAGAUCCGACUUCGUCUCAAUUGAAGAAAGGCGAGAACCUCCAAUUUGACUGUUGGGGAGAUGUUAGUGCACUCAGAAAAGAUGGAUCGAAUAGAUUAUCCACGGCACACUUGCCACUGCAUAAAGGUCAUCCAGGCGACGCCUCGAUACUUAUGGCCCAAAGUGCCCUCCUAACAGAAAAUUUGCCAAUUCGCGCUGGCAUCCAGUCAGCAAAGAUAGAAUCGGAAGAGGAACUAUUGGCAUGGGCUCAUGUUGUUUAUAGAAAACUUCUGGCGUUCCAGAAGGCGACAAGAAAUGAUAUAUCCAGCCAUCCUUCGCAUCGUCCUUCAAAGCCAAUAUACCUGAACCCUCCUCGUCGCCCGGGCCGAUCCUCGGUUGCGUCUGCGAACACUUUCAUCAACUCUAGCAAAGACUGCAAUCACCAGAUCCAGUCGAAAGGUGGAUUCCAUAAUGAGCCGACCACCAUACAUCAAAAUGUUUCCAGUGCGCUGCCGCAUUCAGGCGUGGAUCCAUCAUCCCAGCCAAGUUCGUCGAGACACCAAAUCAACGAGAAGCUCCCUUUUGUUGGCAAUUGGGGGAGCAAGGCCGAACCUCCCACUUGGGCAUCAUUCACAAGCCAUACAGGGCUUCGAGGCCCUCAUCACGGGAAUCAAUUUGGACUGCCGGCGGGGAAUAAUAAUGCAGGCGUAGUAGGGCUAUAUUCCGCUUCUGCUGAAGCUACAACGGCCCUGGAAUUGCUUACCACCCUUUGCCGGGAUGGCGGUUGGAAAUGGAUAGAUGGAAUGCUCCUUGGUGGCUGCCUGGCUUAUGGACUUGGUGAUUACACAAAGGCGCUAAGUUGGUAUCUGAUGAUUAUCGAAAUCGAGCCCAGUCAUGUUGAGGCUAUCUCGAACCUGGCAGCAACCCUCCUGGCAUUAAAUCGACGAGAAGAGGCAGAACAGUAUUGGCUUCGGGCAAUCAAGUUACGUCCAAGUUACUUGGAAGCUGUAGAGCAUCUUGUCGCUCUUCUCUGCGGAAACGGCCGAGCAAAAGAAGCCAUCUCUCUAAUAGAAUUCAUUGAACAGUCCCUGGAAGUUCCGAAAAAUGACAUGGUCCCAGAUUUCGAUCGUAUAGACGACCAUUUUAGUCGAAGGAGUCCUUCAUCGAGUAGCUCUAUAUUUGACAAUCUCGAUAGGGCAAUAUUUGAUUAUGAGGAUGAUGACUUGCAAGCUAGGAGAAUUCUGGAGGACGAUCGGCCAUUCAAAUCCACGACUUUGUCAAGCAACCUUGCUCUUCCGGGUUCUGAUAACGGAAGGAUUAUCGCUCUGAUACAUGCCAAAGGAAACAUGCUUUACGCUCUUGGGAAUAAUAUUGCAGCUGCAAAAGCAUUUGAAGAUGCAGUCAUGAUAGCUGUCGGCCACAGAAUCAAGGGUAUUCAAGAACUCAUAACUCGAAUACUGCGGGCAGUCUCUACCAGCUCCGCAUUUCCAUCGAGAGAAGAGGUCAAUGUGACCCCCAACGGUAUUGUACUUCUCUCGCCGGAGCAAGCACUCCAAACGGCAAGGUUACUCUUCCCAGGCCCUGGCGAAUUGCCCGGCUUGAAAGAGGCUCCCAACCAGAUUGCUAAGAAUGCUGCCAUUCUGACCACUAGCAACUCUCUUUUGUCUCUGGCAAAGAUAUUUCAAGAUGGAAUGUCGUCAAACAGCACAUCACCGAGACCUUCUUUUGGCGUCCGAGAUAUCCUUGCCUUGUAUUACUUUUCGCUUUCGCUCCAACCCAGUCCUUCCACUGCCAACAACGUCGGCAUUCUCUUCGCUAGUGUGCAACACUCAGUACCAACAACUCGGCCAGUCAACAUGAAUAACUCACAGCUGCCACCCAUUCCCGGUGUUGUGCCUGGUAGCGGAAUAGCCUUGGCUCUUUCAUACUACAAUUACGGUCUCAACCUUGAUCCGAAACACGCACAUUUAUAUACAAACCUGGGAAGCCUUCUCAAAGACAUUGGGCAGCUUGCUGCUGCCAUAAAGAUGUACGAACAAGCGGUUGCUUGCGAUGGGACUUUUGAUAUCGCAUUGGCGAACUUGGCCAACGCUGUGAAGGAUCAAGGGAGGAUUGGCGACGCCAUUGGCUAUUACAGACGCGCUGUGGCCUCGAAUCCUGACUUUGCUGAAGCUGUUUGUGGCCUUGCUAAUGCACUCAACUCCGUCUGUGGGUGGACGGGGCGAGGCGGCAUUCUUUUCCGAGAUGGAAAGCGGGAUCGGUGGCACGUUGAUGAGACCGGAAUGUUGAUUGACUCCGUGCCCUUGAAUGCUCCUAAUAUUGGCUGGAUCAAGCGCGUUGUCGAUAUUGUGGAGAAGCAGCUCGUUGACGGAGAAAGCUGGGGAAGGGGAACACUAUCCGCCACACCAGAGACCUUGCUCAAGCAGCUGUCGGCGACUUUUGAUCGUCAAGACGCUCUUCACAAUGAGCAGGCAUCUCGCCUUGGGCGAGCCUUGAGUCGCUGGGCCGGACAGCCGUGGGAAGGCGCAAGGUUGGUGAGGUUGAUUGAACGAGCAAUGAAGAGGAUUGCCUGGCAAUGGUAUCAGGACCGAUAUAUUCUACAAAGAGCGCGGGAUUUCUCGAAUUACGCAAGGCCACAACUUCCACCAUCCUUGGCAGUUCCCAGUGCUCCUACCGUACUUCCUUUUCAUACAUUUACAUGCCCUCUAACAGCAAAGCAAAUCCGGAUGAUUUCUCAGCGCAAUGCCCUGCGAAUAUCAACAUCGACACUACGUGCUCCCUGGCUUCCUCGAACAGUCUAUCCGCCGCCUGCGCCACCGGCGCCCUGUUUGAAUGUUGGCUACGUGUCUUCCGAUUUUAACAAUCACCCGCUAGCACACCUGAUGCAAUCCGCAUUUGGGUUUCAUGAUGUUGCAAAAGUCAAAGCGUUCUGCUAUGCAACAACAGCGAGCGAUCAUUCCGUACACCGUCAGCAGAUUGAACGAGAGGCGCCGGUUUUCCACGAUGCGAGUAGUUGGUCUGCUGAGCGUCUUGUCAGUCAGAUUGUCUAUGACGGGAUCCAUAUUCUAGUUAAUCUCAACGGUUAUACCAGAGGAGCAAGGAACGAAAUCUUCGCCGCGAGACCAGCGCCGAUCCAAAUGGCCUUUAUGGGCUUUGCUGGUUCUUUGGGUGCCGAGUGGUGCGAUUACUUGUUGGCCGACGAGACUGCAGUUCCACGGGAAGCGUUACGACCGUGGCGUCGCAAUGUUGACUUGGACGACUCCAUCGUGGAUGAGAGUUUUGGCGCAAGUAAUGAUGACUGGAUCUACUCGGAAAAUCUAAUCAUGGCACGAGACACAUUCUUUUGUUGCGAUCACAGGCAGAGCGCACCCGACGCUCGAGGCAGACAACUAGAUUGGGACGAGGAACAGGCAAGGAGAUGGCAAAUGCGAAAGAAGCUGUUUCCGUUUCUGCCAGACGAUUCAAUUAUUCUUGGGAACUUUAAUCAAUUGUACAAGGCAUGUUACGCUUCAGCAAUCUUUUUUUUUACUAUUUGGAAAACUUUUGUGUUCAUUACUUACGGACAUUGUCAGAUUGACCCAUCAACCUUUCGCACAUGGCUGCGAAUUCUGGCAAGAGUGCCCAGGGCUAUUCUUUGGCUUCUCCGAUUUCCGGACUUGGGAGAAACGAACCUCAAACAGACAGCGCUACUGUGGGCAGGAGCUGAGGUGGCUUCGCGGAUCAUCUUUACAGAUGUUGCACCCAAGCAUGAGCACAUAUCGCGGGCCAGAGUGUGCGAUCUCUUUCUCGAUACCCCGGAGUGUAAUGCUCACACCACCGCCGCUGAUACUCUGUGGUCAGGCACGCCUCUCCUGACUUUGCCAAGGUACAAGUACAAGAUGUGCUCACGCAUGGCGGCGUCAAUCCUAAAAGGCGCACUACCAAAGAGCCCAGAAGGCAAGGAAGCUGCGCGGGAUCUGAUCGCCAGAAGCGAAGAAGACUUUGAGGAGCGAGCGGUUGCAUUGGCCAGUGGGCUAAGAUAUGCGACCCAGUUGGGCCAUCAUGGCAAGGGCACGGGUCGAUUGGUGGAGCUGCGCAAGAUGCUGUAUGAGAGCCGGUGGACAAGCGCCCUGUUCGAUACUCGGCGUUGGGUGCGUGACUUGGAGGAGGCAUACCAAGAGGCAUGGCGUAAGUGGGUCGCCGGGGAAGGCGGAGAUAUUUGGUUAUGAUGGGGUGACGGGGUUGAUGGGCUUUUUUUUGGUGGGUUUCUUACUGGUUGCAUCAUCUGUUCUGUCGUUUUGUGCCUUGUUGCUUUUGGGCCUAUCGGUGUGUUAUCGGUGUGAUAUAUCUCAUAGGGAAGCCUAGAGGACAGGGUCAAGGAUUUCGAGAUGGGAAAAGAUCGAAGAUCCUCUUUUUUUGAUUUUACAAGGGGGACGGAUUAUGGCGUGUCGGCAGAUCACGAUUGGGCUCGAGCUUGGGAUAGAUUUGGGAAUUACUACUCCCUUUUGGUGUUAUUUCCCUUUUUCCCAUUUUUUCCUUUUGGGAGGUGUGCGCCGGAGACACAUUUUGCAGUAAUUACAUACCCAGGAUUGGAAAUCCGUUUGUCUUUUUUUGUUGUUCCUUUAUCUUACAUCUCCUUUGAUCUUGUUCUCUUCUUUCAUGUCUAAUCUUCUAUUGCAGUCCUAGUUGUUUUUUUUUUUUUUUUUGCCCCAUGGU